UUCUAACAUGUGUUCCUCUCUGAAGAAUCCCCCUGCUCUUCUUGCUGUGGCUCUACUGAUCAGUACUAGCCUUGUGCUUCUACAGAGACCGGCCUCUGCUGAGAAGAAGUCCUAUGUUGUUUAUCUGGGAGGGCACUCGCAUGGCAGGGGAGGAGCUGACUUGGCUUCCAACCAAGAACGCGCCAUGAACUCCCACUACGAGUUCUUGGGCUCCUUCCUGGGAAGCGAGGAGAAGGCGAAAGAUGCAAUCUUUUACUCCUACACCAAGCACAUCAAUGGCUUCGCUGCUACUCUGGAGGAGGAGGAAGCCAUGGAGAUAUCAAAGCAUCCAAGCGUCGUCUCGGUAUUCCCAAACAGAGGCCACAGGUUGCACACUACCCGUUCAUGGGAGUUUCUUGGGAUGGAGAGAGACGGCAGGGUUAGGGCCAACUCCAUCUGGGCCAAGGCGAGAUUUGGAGAAGGCAUCAUCAUUGGCAAUCUAGACACUGGGGUGUGGCCGGAGGCCGGCAGCUUCAGCGACGACGGGAUGGGCCCGGCGCCCGCGCGGUGGCGGGGAAUCUGCCAGGACCAGGCCUCUGACGACGCGCAGGUUCGUUGCAACAGGAAGCUGAUCGGUGCGCGGUACUUCAACAAGGGGUACCUGGCGACCGUCGGGCAGGCGGCGAACCCGGCGAGCAGCAGGGACACCGACGGGCACGGCACGCACACGCUGUCGACGGCGGCCGGCGGGUUCGUCGCCGGCGCGAACCUCUUCGGGUACGGGAACGGCACGGCCAAGGGCGGCGCGCCGGGGGCGCACGUCGCGGCGUACAAGGUGUGCUGGCGCCCCGUCAACGGCAGCGAGUGCUUCGACGCCGACAUCAUCGCGGCGUUCGACGCGGCCAUCCACGACGGCGUGCACGUGCUCUCCGUGUCGCUCGGCGGCGCGCCCGCGGAGUACCUCAGGGACGGCGUCGCCAUCGGGUCGUUCCACGCGGUCAGGCGCGGCGUCGCCGUCGUCUGCUCCGCCGGGAACUCCGGCCCCGCCGCCGGCACCGUGUCGAACACCGCGCCGUGGCUCGUCACCGUCGGCGCGAGCACCAUGGACCGCGAGUUCCCGGCCUACCUUGUUCUUGCCAACAAGAAGAAGAUCAAAGGGCAAAGUCUCUCGCCGGUGAGGCUUCCCGGCGACAAGAGCUACCCGCUGAUCAGCUCUGAGAACGCCAAGGCAGCGAACGCGACAUUGUCGCAAGCGAGGCUGUGCAUCGAGGGGUCGCUGGAGAGGGGGAAGGCGGAGGGGAAGAUCGUGGUGUGCAUGCGCGGGAAGAACGCGCGGGUGGAGAAGGGCGAGGCGGUGCGCCGCGCCGGCGGGGUCGGGCUCGUGCUGGCCAACGACGAGGCCACCGGCAACGAGAUGAUCGCCGACGCGCACGUGCUCCCGGCCACGCACAUCACCUACUCCGAUGGCGUCGCGCUGCUCGCCUACCUCAACUCAACCAGGUCGCCGUUGGGCUUCAUCACCGUGCCGAACACCGCGCUGGACACGAAGCCGGCGCCGUUCAUGGCGGCCUUCUCCUCCCAGGGCCCCAACACCGUCACGCCUCAGAUCCUCAAGCCGGACAUCACCGCGCCGGGGGUCAGCAUCCUGGCGGCGUUCACCGGCCUGGCCGGCCCGACGGGCCUCGCCUUCGACAGCCGCCGCGUCCUCUUCAACUCCGAGUCGGGCACCUCCAUGUCGUGCCCCCACGUCGCCGGCGUCGCCGGCCUCCUCAGGGCGCUCCACCCCGAAUGGAGCCCCGCCGCCGUCAAGUCGGCCAUCAUGACCACCGCGAGGGUGCAGGACAACAUGAGGAGGCCGAUGAGCAACUCGUCGUUCCUCCGUGCGACGCCGUUCAGCUACGGCGCCGGCCACGUGCGGCCCAGCCGCGCCGCCGACCCGGGCCUCGUCUACGACAUGAACGCCACAGACUACCUCGGCUUCCUCUGCGCGCUGGGCUACAACUCGUCGGUGAUCGCCACCUUCAUGGCCGGGGACGGCCACCCGUACGCCGCCUGCCCGGCGCGGCCGCCGAGGCCGGAGGACCUCAACUACCCGUCCCUCACGCUUCCGCACCUGCCGCCUUCCGGCGGCGGGCGCACCGUCACGAGGAGGGUGAGGAACGUUGGCGCCGCGCCGGCGACGUACGAGGCAACGGUCGUGGAGCCCCACGGCGUGUUGGUGGCGGUGCGGCCGAGCCGGCUCGAGUUCGCGGCGGUCGGGGAGGAGUUGGAGUUCGCCGUCACGUUCCGGGCAAAGGAAGGGUCGUUCUUGGCGGGGGAGUACGUGUUCGGGCGGCUGGUCUGGUCGGACGGCGCCGGCGGGAGGCACCGCGUCCGGAGCCCGCUCGUGGCGAGGGUCGUGGACAAGAAGAAGAAGAGCAAGAAUGCCUUGUCCAUUUCUUGAUUGAGUUCUUGCCAUGAUUCUUUUUCUCAAUCUUUUAGAUGGAUUUUGCAUGAUUUUUUUUGGGUUUUUUGGGUGAUGGUUAUUAGUGUAGCCUAACCAAAGAAGGUUUGGCUAGCUGGGUGAAAAGCAGUACAAGUCUUAAAAAUGAUAAGCUGAAACUUA